AUGGAAAGCUCCAGGCCUGCCGCCAUACCUUACCAGGACGCGGCGGCAGCAUCAGAAGAAGCUCAACCGCAGCACAUUGACGACUUGAGCGUCCAGUGGGACCAGACGUAUCUGCGUUUAAACUACAUUCUCGGCAACCUAGGCGGUCCUGUAGCCGCCGCGGGUGCAGACAACAAUUCAUCUUUUUCCUCGGCGUCCGCACGAACAGGUGCAGAAGGAGCCGCAGCAGGAGGAGCAGCAGGAGGGGCUUCAUCAUCAGCAACGCCGGGGCGCAGAAACAGCCUCGGCAACGGCGCGGGCGACAAGGUUUCCAAAUCGGUCAUUCCAAACUUCCCAGCCCUGUCCAGGCCGGACGCCGCCCGCAAGGUCGCCCAGAUAGGCACCUGGCGCGACGAGGUUGCCUCGCACUUCGACGCCGUCCUCUGCGGCUGUUCCCUCGGCUCCUCGGCGGCUAUUUCUGCUGCGGACGACGCGCCCUCGUGCUCCGUCACCAAGGGCCUGCUCCCUGCUGCGUUUGUCGCCGGGAGCCUGGCCAGCCCGGCCGUCAGGCCCAGGCGCAAGGCUUCGCUCAUCGCCGCCGCGGCGUCCAUCAGCAGGGACGAUGACGGCAGCGGCGCAAGCAGUAAUGGGAGCGGCGACGACGCCGACGGCCCUGUCGAAAGCGUCUGCGCGCUGUGCGGCCGGCAUGGGGAUGUGAGGGAUCUCGUCGCCGAGAGUUGGCCCAGCGACGGUGGUGCCGCGAGGAAGGCGCUCAGGAGGAUGCAGCUGAGUCUUCUGCGGAUCGGCCGCAGGAGGCAGCUGCUGCCGCGGGCCGAGGGGCCUUUUCCUCCCGACGCCGAACCCAAAUCAAGUCAUACUCAGAUCGAAUCACAUCAUCAAAGCGCGGCGGCAGCAGCAACUUUGCCGACGGACUUGAAACCUGCCGCCGCCGUUGCCACCACAUCAAUGUACCACUACCGGACCGAUCCAGACGACCAAGACGACGAGGACCUCAGCUCGGACGACAGCACCAGCGCCGAGAGUCACAAUGGUAUGAAGAGGCAAAAAUCCAAACCGGUCGGCAGCGGAGGCGCCAGCAAGACGCUGGCGGCCAGGGAGCAGAUGGAACGGAACCAGCGCGCCAAGGACGCGAGGCUGCGGCGGGCACAGAAGCUGCUGGAGAAGAGCCUCGUCGUGGCGCCCAAGACUACCGGCGUACAGUCAUGA